AUGCAGGUGUCGACCAAGAGGAGCGAGGUGAACGCUUUGCCUUCGGUGCCAAAGCCCAACGAUUUUGAGCCCGCCUCUGUGGAUGCACGGUACAAUGCAGCGCGCAUUCACUACACACUUGGUACGCAAUUUUUCAUGCCGCCAGAGUCCCACGAGUCUCUUGUUCAAGCAUGUCGUCUCUACAUUCACGCGCUGGAGCUGGCACCGAUACCAGACGGUGGGAUACCCAGUGCCACUACUCUGGACGUACUUUCAAACGGUGGCUAUGCCCUGUAUGCACUGGCGGAACUGGUCGACAAUUUUGGCUGUACAGAUAGUUUUGAAGCCUGUCAAGCGCUAACAGCCCCUGUCGUUGAUGCAGCCACGCUCUCUAUGGCUAUGCCGGUGCCGCUCUAUGUGGCGGCCGCUCACUGGUUCGAGCAGGUCGCACUUGGACAGCGUAUGGUUCUCGAAGCUUCCUCUAUGCCAACGGCCAUGCCUCCAUCGCCGUCAAAGACAGGUGCCCAGCAAAGUGAAUUUUCGUCGUCACUCGUGACUCCCGCAUCGUUGGUCGAGACAUGGAACGACCAAAUCAAGUGCGGCCUCGACCUGCUACCCCAUGCCUGCAAUAUCCCAACCCUGGAUCGCUGGGUCGCUUCGCUGCAGUCCUUGAUCGAGCUUGCGCAGAGUUAUGUGCAUGCACUUCCUAACGGAUUUGGCGCAUCGCAAAGUCUUCCACGCGCGUAUGAUCGGCAGGUGGCCUUGCUGCAGCAAGCCUACAUCGAGGUUCAGCUGACCCAGGUUCAGCGUGCGACAGAAUGGGACGUAUGGCCCACAAACGAAGGAUGGCAGGCACUCGAAGCGGCAGUCCUAGGACAGGCCCAAAUGGCUCUUCAAACACCGCCAGCAGCCCAGUCUCUCACAUCCGUACGCCUAGGCACCGAUUCAGAGGCACGCGUCGAACAAGUUGAGGCGGCCGUGGAGGAUCUGUGCGCGCUAGGAAACCACGCGCAUGCGCUGGCACGCCUGCGCAUCGACUACCUUCUCCGAGGUGACAGAGACUCGGCAGCGCGAGCAUGGGAGCUAGGGACCUGUGCCGCCAAAUGUAUGCUCGCUGCCUUGGCGCCGUUCGAAGCGCCCGAGUCCCGAUCGGCCCCCACGCUCGCACCUAAGAAUUUAUCAGCCUGGGUCGCUCCUCACACGCCUGCUCCCACUCCAUUUAAUGCUUCCACGCAGAUUUCCAGGACGCGCGCCUCCAUGUAUGGAGAAUUGUCGUCUAUUUCUCUGACUCGAGCGCACAACGCCCUGGCGCAGGUCCUUGACGUGGUGCAGUCCAACCAAACGAAACUACUCGACAAUGCCCGCAUUUAUGCCAGACGCGCUCUCGCUGACGACGGCCUUAUGUGGGUCCAUCAGAAGAACACAAGUGCUGAUACGCAGGAAACUCCGUCCCCUGCCAUCUUUAGCGCUCAUCCAUACAAAAGACCCCGUAUCCUAUUGCAGGAGAAUGAAGACGAGCCCUUGCAACUGACCCGGCUAUCAAAUAGGCUAGGUCCUACGGCAGAGAAACGCGACGUGGACACCCGGCUUCAGGAAGGGUACCCACUCUGCAACUAUCAGAACAUGAAGGAGACAUAA